AGCCCGGGUUCGGGGGGGUUCGGGGUGCGGGCGGGUCUCACGCCGUGCCCGCAGCGGGUGCCCUUCGCGGUGGCGCGGGCGCGGGAGGCCAUGCUGUUCGUGGCGGAGUGGCGCUUCCUGGUGAGGGACAACGAGGACCCGCGCCCCGAGGGGGACCCGGACCCCGAGCGGGAUGGAGUCUGGAAGGAGGACGAGGAGCCCCCACCGCAGCUCUGGGACUCGUGGACACCGGGCGUUGUCGCCGCCGUCUCUCUGCCCUCGGAAGAGGUGCUGUCCGAGGAGCUCUCCGCGACAGCCGAAGUUCCGCCCGUGGGUCCCGGCGAUGUCCCCGGCGCCGCUGCCGCCCGGGAUGUCGCCGUGUCCCCCGGGCGGGCCGCGCCCGGCGAUGUCCCCGCGGCAGCCGUGGCUGAAGGUCCCCGCGGCCAGGACACCGCCCCGCGUGUCGCUGUGCCCCCGGGCCAGGUGAGCCGCGCCCCGAUCGCCCCUCCCCGAGACCCCUCGGGCUGAGCCCCAGCCCG